UUAGCUGGCCUUUUAAUUGAACGGACAAAGAUCAUAUGUUUCAGUGGAUAAAGAAGAGACGUAAUUAGCGAGGGGAUUUCGCUGAUGAUAGGAUGCAUAGCUCUAAUACAAUAAGAGCAGACGCUAGAACAGACACAAAAUCAUAAACCACGUGAAUGGUUGAAACAUGUCGAGCAACUUUUGAUGCAGGAAAUGGUUGGAGUUCAAAUUUGGUAUUUUUCAUGAUUGGUUUUUAAGAUUACCCUGCUCGAUCGUCGAUAGGAAAUCAGGAAGCAAACAAACACGAUCAACGACCUUGGGAGCAACAACAAACUUGUUAUUUUUUCUUCCUUUUUUAAAGACAGGGCUGCAGUUCUGAUAACUUCGUUGUUAUAGGUCAACCACUUUGGUAUUGGAUUCAGAACCCACCACAACAAAAACCACAGCUCAUUCUUUUGAAAGCCAGGAUCAUCGAUGGCAUUAUCAGCCUCCUUCAUAUCGACAUCUACAUGAACAGUACGCUGUCACGUAAAUCCUUAGAAACGAAACAAGACAUAGCUUAUUGCUGGAGGUAUUAUAUACGUUAAGGAUUAUAUCGACGAUCCGUUGUAUUAGCCAAAGUUAACACAUCGAGGAGUUCCACAAUAUACGACGUUUUCUAUUUGCAACUCAACGUGGAAUCCAUCAGCAUUAAUCCAGCCUCCUCGAACGCGGCGUCGGUGGUAACGAGUUGACUUUUCAGGGAAGUUAAUUGAUGAACACAGGACUUCAUUAAUUGACAGGCCUCGGUUAAAUGGAAAUACUUACUAAUGCUAUUGGCCCGUUGAAUAAUUGAUGUGGUGACGUUUUGUAAGAAUGAGAUAGCGUUUGUUACUGCGAAAGGGAGCCACAAUAACGCCAGUGUUAUGUAAAGGAACUGGAUUUGCGGGAGUUGAUAACGCUUGUCAAAAUCCGCUCUCUUUUUAUCGAAUUACAAUUGUUUCGGAGGCCGUCAUUUGUAUUUUACCAAGACCUGGUCAUUGUCAUAUGCAAGUGCCAAAAUGACUCAAGAUUCCAGCCCGGAUCACUGACAGAGAACACAUUUGCAACAGUCUGAUGAGAGAAGAGGUAGAAAGUACAGACAACAUGCACAGUUUAAAAUGGACUUCAGGUUAAACAUAUCCAAUUGCCGUGCAUAUCGAAUGAAUUAACCAAGGGCCUCAUAUGCACUAACAGUCAAAUUAAUAGCUCGAUAUGUUAACAUAGAACCAGGCAUUAAACGCACAAUACGUAAAUAAACGGAGCAGUGCAGGGGAAUUUCGAUGCAUUUAAAGGAACCAUGGCGUUUAACUGACCACGACAAACAAAGGCAGGUGUUCUUGGAGACAGAGUUGACACAUUGCCUGCCUGUCAAGCGCACCUGAGUGGCUUGACGAUCGAGACACGUCAUUCCAGCACGUGUAGAGGCAUGCUUAGAUGUCAGUAGACCAAUCUGUUGUCAUAUCAGAGGCAUCAAAUUAAUAAUGAACGUCAGUGAGACGGAGAGAUCUCUAGGAAAACCAAUGGUGCUAUUGCCGAAUUGCCAGAACCACUGUUUGACAAAGAGUCAACCGAAGACAGCCGUUGGAAUGGGAGCACUAAGGACGCUUGCCAAGACUCUUUACGUCCAUCAGGUGAUCUUGAUAAUUCUCGCCAUGGUCGGCGAGAUGGCGCAGUCAAGGCUUCUACAACCAGAUAUCGGACACAUAUCCCUCAAUUUGACAGUGGUUGACAUCGAGCCAACAGCCGCCACGAUAGCUUGGAACAUCUCCUCCACAUGGAAUGUUACGUAUCUCGAACUCAGUCACAGAACUUUCUCGGCCAUGGGCACAUCUAAAAGCAGGACUGUGAUAGAACUAGACGGAACAACCAGCGCGUUGAGAAUAAACGGGUUAUUAGAAAGAACCAAGUACGAAGUUAGCCUGACGGCGUUCAUAGCAGGGAUGAGUAAUAGUAGCGAGAUCGUGAUAUUCCUUACACGGUCCAAUGCCGAGCUGGUAAAGCGCGCAAGCGCAAUGCUUCUUCCGGUGGACCUUCUAAUAAUAUGCAUGAUCCUCCUGGCAUGGGGUGUGUCCAUAUCAAUAUUUAUAUGUAAAUGGAGCAAUCUCAGAGUUUUGCCGGCAAGGGAACACCGAUAUAAACACUCCCCAAAGAACUUGGAGAACGUGAAAGUGGUAAAACGGGCCAAUGAUAGUGUGAUUUAUAAGAGUUACAGCCGACAGAUGUCGUUUACGAUGAUAGAAAGAGAGAAACGCUUUGAAAGGAUGCACACACUGGCGUCCAUGCCUGCGGUGACCAUUGAGGAAGAGGUGACGAAAAUGUAGCACGUGCUGUUUGUGACUUGUGGUACGAAGCAUGCGCCUAUUGCGAUAGGUGAGAUGGGGUGCACCAAUUGUGCUUGGUGUGACAUAUAAAUAAAAGCAGCGCGCAUUCUGCUUAUCCGUCACAGGAACAUAAGUCCAUUUGUACUCGUGCUACGAAGGGAUAUUCGCGCACAUUGUUACAGUUACGACUGGGAAAUACAACCAUGCAGAUCAUUUGUUUUCGUUUACUGUCGUGUACCCAUACCACAGGACACAAGAAGAUGACACUUACGAGGGUUCGUUUUGCAGGUCAGAGAAUACCAGGAGCUGUGAACAUUGUUGUGAUGUCUUCUGAUGACCAUGAGGCACGGUACAAUGUGAGAGACAGAAAUUCGUAGCCUACUUCAGUGCAUUGUAGUCCCUAUUGUGUAGGAAAAACAAUGCACGUAAAUAUUUUGUUUUGUUCAGGAUUUAACACUUUGCCCUCCUUUUCUCGGCCUUAAUCGUGUAUUAAUGCAUUUAUACAGUCAGCAUAAAAGAUACAAUAAAUCGACACGGACGAAUGACACUCGCUGGUGCAAAGACAUACUUUAUUAUAAAUGAUUACUUACAUCAGUGGUAGCAAACAUAUAAAAAAUACAUUAAAUUUUAUAAGGAAAUGGUUAUUUGCUGUAUUUACCAGUAACCAAGUGCAGCAGUCGACAAUCGGGAUAUUAUUUCAGUGUAAAACUUUAAGUAUAUUUAUAUAUUGUGGUAUGUACGGAAAAGCAGCACAUCCAGAUAUUAUGUGUAAGGUGAAUAACCGUAGGCACAUACCCUACGCAAGUUAAUCCAAAUGUGACAAUGCGAGAAGCAAUAUAAUUCUCUGUGAGGGUAAAUAAAUAAGAACAGAUGUGUUCAUUGUGUUAGGUGCGACAACUGAGCACAAUCAAUCGCUGCGGUUGUUGAGAUCAGGGGGCGCGCUUGUUGCGCCAUUAUGCUAUAAUAUAUGCUGCAUUUGGAUCUGUGAUCAUCUAUUUUAUGCGUGUUUGCUGAUGAGACAAUGAAGGUGCUGAACAUAAUUGCUCAUUUCAGCAACAUUAGCUUUGGUACAAUGUGUUCUUCAAAAAUCAGUUAACUUGUUUUCCUGAAUUGCAACGGUUUAUACAUGCAUGACAUCUCAUGAAAAUCACUUCAAAUAGCGUAAAAACAUAUUAUUUUUAAAAAAGGGACCUAUAUA